UAGAAGCAACAAGUGACUAGGAAAUUUAGAGAAUUUUUUAGUGCUUCGUUUAUUGAUAUCACGCGAAUAUUUGGCGCCACUUUCUAAAGACACGAAAGAAAAUUAUGAAAAUUUUGUUUGAGAUCAAUUUAGAACAAUUCUGUGAACUAACAGUGACUCUUUAUGAUAUUUGAGCCUCGAUAUUUGCCCAAUUUUAUCACCUCAAUACAUAUGGUAGCAUUUGAAUAUUAUAGCGGAUAUUGCAGUCAUAAAUCGUGAGGAAAUAUCCUGAUAACAUUUAUGACUUGAAGAACCCAAGGAUUGUUCUUCACACACAAAUAUUUGGGCACAUUAGUGAUAAUUGCUAUUAAUAUUAAUUUUGUGGGUGAAGUCUUGAGGAUGGAGGAACAAGAGAGACUAUCUUUAGAUGGCUUGCCCGUGUACAGUAUAUCAUUAUCACCCCCUAAUCGCUGUCUUAAACGACUUCUCCACGUGAGUGACACAAUUGUCUCUCUUUUGAUCAUCACACCCUUGGCUGUUGCCCAUUGGAGAGGAACUUGGACAUUUAUGGAUAGCCAUGAGGAUAUAUUUCCUGCCUGGCACUGUUUUCUCUUGGGCAGUGUUCUUCACACAGCUUUUGCCCUACUGAGAGAAUCCCUUCAUGAGGAAUUCUCCAGCACAAGAGGAACCAAAUCCAUCUGCCGAACUAUCCAACGAUUUAUCAUCAGUAAAAUCUACACCUACAUUUUCAGUAUUGCCUGCAUUUUGCAAUGGCGUGGAGGAUGGGCUGUUCUUGAUUUGCAUUUUGGACACGGUGCCAAUACCGCCAUCAUAGUCACAAUCGUAACUUUUGUAAUUCUUGUGUCUAUACGGUGUGUCCGGAAUACCUUAGCACCACCAUUUGUCAUAAUAAUGGACUACAAAGAUUCCGUCUUCAUCUUUCCAACAAGAUUUCGCAUUGAAGGUGUCCACAAACCUGGACUCUAUGUAUUGGAUUGUGCAUUUUCUGUACUUGGUGUUGGAAGUCUUGUAGUUUUCGUAUGGCGUGGUGUCUGGCUACUAACGGAUAUAUUCAUUUUCCCAUUGGAUAAGGAACUUUCGGCAUAUUUCUCACUAGCAAUUGGAUAUGGAACCGUGGUUUUUAUUUUUGCCAUACAACCCCUAAUGAGAUGGACAUGUGAACGUCUUGAUGGCUUUUGGCGUGUCGCAGCUACAGACGUUUUUCUUACUCUAAGUUUCAUCGGUACAGUUAACAUUUGGCGUGGAGUUUGGUACACCAUAGAUAUCUAUUUCUUGCCAGAAUCUAAAGUAGAAAGUAUCUGGAUAACACACGGUGUAUCCUUGAUACUACUGGCCCUCCUAAACUGUUCCAACUCUGUACUACUUCGUGGUGUUUACAUCGAUGCUGAGGAACCAGCUGGACAAUGUGUUGUUUUUCCCGUAUAUUAUAUUCGUCAACUCUUUCAAAAAGAAAGGUCACGCAAACAAAAACGACUUCUUAACUCAUUAGAAAGGCAGGACAAUAACACCAUACUCCUAAUAGAAGAUCCAUCAAAUAGCACAAUAGCUAAUAGUAGAAAAUGUGAGAAAAAUCUUAAGAAUAAUUCAACUAGUAACGAGCAACAAGUGAGCAAAUUUUCCUUGGGCAAUAACAAUUAAAAUAUAGGAGAAUUGUUUGAAAGAUUAUUUUCAAUCAAUACAUAUCUCAGAUGCAAGGAUUUUCUCUGUGAGAGAUAAGCUUUCAAAAAAAAAAAAAAAG